AUGGGGCCACGGCCGCACACCUUCCUGCUGGGGCUGCUCCUGCUCCUGGGACCAGGGACCACCCAGGCCCAUUCCUUCCCUGGAGAGAAUGCAUCGGAAGAGCAGCUGUCACCAGAGUUGCAAAGCCUGAAGAGUUUUCCAUUUGCAUGCGACCUAAGGAAGUCAGGACCCGAUGUGCCUUCUGAGUCAGUCCACUCUCUGAGACCUUCUGAUAUUAAAUUCGUGGCAGCCAUUGGCCAUGUGGAAACUCUCCCGGACCCGGGGACGGCCGGUGCGAAGAAGCAGCCAUGGCUUGGGAAGAGGACACAGCAGGCAUGCAUGGGAGUGGUGACAGUCCUUUCAGACAUCAUCAAACACUUCAACCCCUCAGUUCUGAGGCCCGCGUGCACCCCUGGGAGGAGAGUGAUACCCCACAUUGGUGCUGAAGACUUGUGGAUUCAGGCAAAGGAACUGGUGAAGAGCAUGAAAAAGAACCAGCAACUUGACUUUCAAAAUGACUGGAAGCUAAUCAAUGUGUUCUUCAGUGACACAAGCCAGUGUCACCUGUGUCCCUCCACCCAACAGGCAUCCUUGGCCCCAUGUUCCCUGGCCCCGCCCACACUCAGCACGUGUCUCCUCUCCCAGCACAAGCAUGUGACAGGCAGCAUGGCCAAGAUGACCAAGAUGCUGGACUACCUGCUGCAGGAGGUCCCCAGAGCAUUUGUGAACCUGGUGGACCUCUCUGAGACUGUGGGCGGCUCUCCGCGGCACCACGGGACCCAGCUCAGCCUCGCAGCAGAGCCCUGCAGUUGCUCGGGGGACACCUCGAAGAUGUCCCGGGUGGUGGCACAGUGGUCCUACCAGGACAGCUGGGACCGCCUCCUGGCCUCCAGCAGGUACAACGAGCAGGAGUCCUUCUCGGUGGUGUUCCAGCCCUUCUUCUACGAGGAGACCCUGUCCCCACGCUCGGGGAAGUGGCCACACCAGGAUCCCAACACCCUCGCCUUGAAUCUCUGGAACAUCAUGAUGGAGCCCGCAGGACAGAAAGAUGAGCUGCUCAGUGCCAAGGAGAGCUGGCCCAUGAAGUGUCCGUCUCAGGAAAAGCCAUAUCUGUUCACCUAUAACAACAGCAACUACCUGUCCUGGCCACCAAAGCCCCGUGAGAAGCCUGAGGUGAGAGAUGGAACGGAAUUCAGGUGCCCUCCCAUGGAUCCCUCCAACAAGAUUCCCACCUCAGUUCACAGGCUGAAGCCCUCAGACAUCAAGGUGAUCGCAGCCCUGGGCGACUCCCUCACGGCAGGCAACGGGGCCGGGUCCACGCCCGGGAACAUCCUGGACGUGUUUACGCAGUACCGAGGCCUGUCCUGGAGCGUGGGCGGAGACGGGAACGUCAGCAGCGUCAUCACCCUGGCCAACAUCCUCCGGGAAUUCAACCCGAACCUGACGGGCUUUUCCGUUGGCACUGGGAAAGAAAACAGCCCCGGAGCCUUCCUAAACCAGGCUGUGGCUGGAGCCGUCUCUGGGGAUCUGCCUGCUCAGGCCAGGAGGCUGGUGGGCCUGAUGAAGAAUGACACGAGGAUAAAUUUUGAGGAAGAUUGGAAGAUUAUCACCGUGUUUAUAGGAGGCAAUGACCUCUGUGAUCACUGCAAUGAUCUGGCCCGCUACUCCCCCCAGAACUUCACGGACAACAUUGGGAAGGCUCUGGACAUCCUCCACGCCGAGGUCCCUCGGGCGUUUGUAAACCUGGUAAAGGCUAUGCAGAUCGUCAACCUGAGGGAGCUGUACCAAGAGAAGAAAGUCUCCUGCCCACGGCUGAUCCUCAGGAAUCUGUGUCCUUGUGUCCUGAAGUAUGAUGAUAACUCAACAGAGGUUGCCACCCUCAUCGAAAUAAACAAGAAGUAUCAGGAGCGGACGCACCAGUUGAUUGAGGGUGGGCGCUACGACACGAGGGAUGACUUCACGGUGGUUGUGCAGCCGUUCUUCGAAAGAGUGGACAUGCCGAAGACCCCGGAGGGGCUGCCGGACAGCUCUUUCUUCGCUCCAGACUGUUUCCACUUCAGCAAGAAGUCUCAUGCCCACUCGGGCAGUGCUCUCUGGAACAACAUGCUGGAACCCGUUGGCCAGAAGUCAAGAUGGCAUGAUUUUCAAAGCAAGAUCAAUAUCACGUGUCCAAACAAGGACUCGCCAUUUCUGAGCACCUACAAGAACAGCGUGCAGGGUCAUGGGAGCCAGCUGCUGUGCGGUGACAAAACCCCUUCGGACUCACCACCCACCUCAGUGCACGCCCUGAGACCUGCAGACAUCCGAGUGGUGGCUGCUCUGGGGGAUUCUCUGACGGCUGGCAAUGGAAUCGGCUCCAAACCAGACGACCUUUCUGAUGUCACCACUCAGUAUCGGGGGCUGUCAUAUAGUUCAGGAGGAGACGGCUCCCUGGAGACCGUGACCACCUUGCCGAACAUCCUUAGGAAGUUUAACAGGUACCUCACAGGCUAUGCGCUGGGCACGGGCGAGGCCAACGACACCAACGCGUUCCUCAAUCAGGCUGUUCCUGGCGCGAAGGCUGAGGAACUUACAAGACAGGUCCAGACUCUGGUGCAGCGGAUGAAAGAUGAUCACAGAGUAAAUUUCCAAGAGGACUGGAAGGUCAUCACGGUGCUGAUUGGAGGCAGCGACCUGUGUGACUUCUGCACAGAUUCGAAUCUCUAUUCUGCAGCCAACUUUUUUAACCAUCUCCGCAGUGCCUUGGACACCCUGCACAGAGAGGUGCCCAGGGCCCUGGUCAACCUUGUGGACUUCAUGAGCCCCAGUGUCAUGCGGCAGGUGUUCCUGGCAAACCCAGACAAGUGCCCGGUGCAGCAGGCCAGCAUCUUGUGUAACUGCGUGCUGACGCCUCGGGAGAGCUCCCUGGAGCUGGCCAGGCUGGAAGCCAUCACCAGAGCCUACCAGAGCAGCAUGCUCGAGCUGGUGGAGUCUGGCCGCUACGACACACGGGAGGACUUCUCGGUGGUGCUGCAGCCCUUCUUCCGCAACAUCAGGCUCCCCGUCCUGGAGGAUGGGCGCUUGGAUAUGUCUUUCUUCGCCCCCGACUGCAUCCACCCAAGCCAGAAAUUCCACUCCCAGCUCUCCAGAGCCCUUUGGGUCAACAUGCUUGAACCCCUGGGAAGGAAAACGGACACCCUGGACCUGACAGCAGAUAUACCCCUCCCCUGCCCUACACAGAAUGAGCCUUUCCUGAGAACCCUCCAGAACAGUAACUACACAUACCCCACCAAGCCCGCCAUCGAGAACUGGGGCAGUGACUUCCUGUGUAAGGAGUGGACUCCAUCCAGCAGUGUUCCCACCUCGGUCCAUGAGCUCCGACCAGGAGACAUCAAAGUGGUGGCCGCCCUGGGUGACUCGCUAACUGCAGCGGUAGGAGCCCGCCCCAGCAACUCCAGUGACCAGCUGGUCUCCUGGCGGGGACUGUCCUGGAGCGCUGGAGGGGAUGGGGUCUUGGAGACCCACACCACGCUGCCCAACAUUCUCAAGAAGUUCAAUCCUCAAAUCCUUGGCUUCUCCACCGGCACCCAGGAGGAGACAGCAGGCCUGAACGUGGCCGUGGAAGGUGCCAGCGCUCAGGACAUGCCAGCCCAGGCCCGGGACCUGGUGACGCGAAUGAAAAACAGCCCUGAAAUCAACUUGGAGAAAGACUGGAAGCUGAUCACUCUCUUCAUUGGGAGCAACGACUUGUGUCAUUACUGCGAGGAUCCGGAGGCCCACUCAGCCGGGGAAUACGUUCGGCACAUCCAGCAGGCCCUGGACAUCCUCUAUGAGCUUCCAAGGGCUUUUGUCAAUGUGGUGGAGGUCAUGGAGCUGACCAGCCUACACCAGGGCCAAGGCGGGAAAUGCGACAUGCCACUGGCAGCUCAGAGCAACUGCACUUGCUUCAGGCGCUUCCAGGAGAACUCCCUGGAGAUGCAGGAACUGAAGAAGGUGAACUGGAACUUUCAGAGUGGUGUGUCCAGGUUCUCCUACUGGCACCAGUACCUGCAGCGUGAAGACUUCACAGUGGUCGUGCAGCCUUUCUUCCAAAACACCCUUGUCCCCCUGAACGAGAGAGGAGGAGCUGACCUCACCUUCUUCUCCGAAGACUGUUUCUACUUCUCAGAACGCGGGCAUGCCGAGAUGGCCAUUGCGCUCUGGAACAACAUGCUGGAACCAGUGGGCCGUAAGACGACCUCCAACAACUUCACCUACAGCCGAACCAAACUCAAGUGCCCUUCUCCUGAGAGUCCUUACCUCCACACCCUGAGGAAUAGUCAGCUACUCCAAAGCCAGGCUGAAGAAGGCCCCAACAUGCUCCCCUGGGCCGUGCCAGUGGCGGCAGGUGGUGGCCUUGCAGUUGGUGUCGGUGUGGUGAUGGCAUGGAGAGCCAUGAGAAGCCGCCAGAAGGAAGAUCCUCCAAUAAACCUGAACACUGUGAGUUUGUAG